AUGGAGAAUCAACUGAGCGACGCUCAGAUCGGGCAAAUGAUCUUUAGAGCGAUUUCGGAGUCGAACUCGUCUUCUCGUUCGACGGACAGUUACGCGGCGCACGAAGCUUCCUUCGCCGAGUUGGAAGCGAUGGAGCAGCUGAAAGCGGCCGCGCCCGAGUUCGCCAGUGAAAAUCACACGUUCCGUCCCGUCCAGACAAAGCGGCUCAAUACCCAGACGAUGGACUCUGGUUACUUUGAAACGGCGAAUAACCAGUUCAACGCGAGUAUGGUUAUUCCACAAAUUCUACAAACUGCGGAAUUGAAAGCUUCUUUGGAAAGCAAAAUCGCCUCUCUUACGGAGAAAAUCAAGGAGCUGACGAGUCAUCCGCUUGAAGAUUUGACUAACAGACGCAUCACGGCAAUGGAGCAGCUUCAGAGCCAACAAGUCCAAGUUCAAAACAUGCUCCUCGAACAGAUGAAGCAAUCAAAUCAACUUGUCCGACAGCAGCUUUGCGGGGAUUUUCGGGUCAAUUCUGCAGAUCCACGCGUUGAUGUGCCUAGACCGUCGGUCACAGCGAGAGUGGAGCAGCAUCAUCCCCUCAGCUCAGCUCCUCGCCGAGCGAGGGAUCACCUCAGCGGGCGCGUCUCGGUCGGCUCCAACAACGGGCCUCACAUAUCGCCAGUUUCCAACGGCACGUCUUCCUCGAGCACGAUCCAGGGCAGAUUGACCUGCAUUUUAUGCGAAGAGGAGAAGAACUGCUGGGCCUUCGUCGGUGGCGACAUUUUGCACCUGAACAACGAGCACGUCUGCCGAGCAUGCGCCAAUCACGAAGGGUCGCUCGAGCUGAUCAGAAGCGCGGUGGAGAACAUGAAGGACCAUCGGCAACGGACACGAGAGAGGUCUUCCAGUGCUAGCAAGCCAACGAUCAGUUACUCGAGCGCAGUAGCAACGCUGACGCCACCGCCAGUGACGUCUUCGCGACCGGUAGUUGCGACAAGCAGCGUGGCAUCAAGCGGCCGCGCAGAAACAGGCGCCGGAAACGGCGGCAUGCCGAUGAUUUACCGCGGCAUCGUCGGCAGCGGCGAUAGGCGCUCGUUUAAUUUUCACGUCGUCAUCAGCGCGCCGGAUAUCUACCACAUCGUCGUCGACGAUGGCUUCCUUCAGGGACAAAAGUUUACGAAUAUUGCCGACUUUAGAAUGACGCUGGCACAGAAUCAGUUCGAAUUGAGCAAGGUGCAAAUGAACGUUUUCGACGGACAAAAAUGGCUCUCUUUAGCCACCUUUUUGUAUCAGCGUGGACGAGCUGCUCUCCCAACUCAUACUCAGGAGUCGGUGAUUUCCCAGAAGUCGCCCAAGAUUCCCGUUUCAACAACACAUGUACCGACGGUUUUUGUUCCCAACUCGCGGACCGUGAUGAGCGAGGCCGAAGCUCUCCCACCAGCCCAGUACGACCCUCGUUUGCUUAUGGGCCAAGAAUGGUUGCAACAGCGCGUUGGGUUUCCUUACUUGCCUCCAACAUUCACACCGACAAACCCAACACAGCUGGCUCUCUCGAACUUGAUGAGCCAGGAGUUCAAGAAUCCGCGCAAUCGCCGCACGGCUGGGGUCCCUCCCGCAUACACGCUACUCUCUCCGAUGAGCGCCAACGACCCGGCCGCCUUCUCCAUUGAGGAGCUGAAUAUUGACUGGUUGGAUGAAGUGUCACCGCUGCCAGUGCGUCCUUCAAGUCCAGUCAAAAUCGGACAGAGCCAGCCGAUCAAGAUCUGGCACGAGAAGCCAGAAUCGGCUUUCAGCACCAUUGAGAACGAGCUAGAAGAAGUGGCUGCGCGACGGCGACUAUUCGACGAAAACCUAAAGAAGCAGCGUCGUGCUCAAAUUGACCCCCUUGCAGAGGACGAGUUCUUGGACGAAAAACCGAUCAAGCUCAAGGUUUCAAAAGCAAUCAGCGAUGCUCGAGCAAAAGUACCGACAAAGGUAGCAUCCAAGCAGCGAUUUCAGAGAGAAAAACCCAAAGCUGCUCAAACCGCACAACGGAGCAGUGUGAUUCCACGACGUAAAGCUCCCCAGACGGCUAGGAAGACACAAUCGGUGGAAUUUGCGGAUGAAAAGCUAAGGUCGAUUUAUGGCAGAGCCGAAUGGCAAGGCGGAGCGAAGAGGCUCGGCAGAAACCCGUACAUUUAUCAUCAAUCGCCGCCAAAGCAUCAUACAAACGUGCAGAUUUCGCAAGGAAUCCGUGUGCGCUCUUCCAAGUCGCAGACGACGCCGAGACUCGGCCUGGAACGAGGAGAAAGUGCGAUUCAAAUCGCGCCGCCUGUUCGCGCCGGUCCUUCCAGCAGAAAUCGCAGAAGCUAUUCUCCCGAGUCUGCUAGCACAGUAAGCAUUUCCAGUACUUCGGAGGUGCUUUCUUCGACGCCGAUUCCUUCCGCGGAACUAGUCGAUCGAAGCCAGAAUACCUCUGUCACCCCAAUGGCAACGACGGAGCCCACCAAUACUCAGCCCUACUCAUCCGUUGAAACGCAGGCAACCUUAACAAGCGACUCUCGUCAGCCUCCCCUUAUAAUCAAGCCAUCAUACGAAGCCAUCAAUGAAAGACCCGCUUCUCCACAAGUGGAUGAUCGGGUGGAUGAGCUCAAGGGCUGGUUGGAACGCGAAUUCAUGUCGAAAUUCAUCCAACAGGGUGUCAAGCCAAACCCUCAUCCCGUUGUUCCUCCACGACAUCACCAACAGCCACAGGACGAAAGACUUCUUCGUAAAUUGGUGGAAGAUAGGGUCCGCAAGUACCUGCGUGAAAUGAGGCGAGAGAAGACUCCGCCAGCGCCUGAACCUGUAGUCCAGCGAAAAGCAGAGCCGCUUAUUGUCAGCCAAACUUAUGUUCGCCCGAUGACGCCGAGUCCGAUCCACUCUAUUGAGUCCCCAGCGCCGAUCGAGUUAGAAGCAUUCAUCGACGAGACGGUAGCUAACAUUUCCACUCCUGAUCCGUCACAAAGGCCUCCUCGUUCCCCUUCACUCAAGGAAAACAACACUCUGGAGAAUCUGCCGAUCGACGAGUCCGAUGAAUCAUUCAAACCAAUUCUGCAGAAGUCGGAGAGUGAACGGACAAUCUCGUCGUUUACUGCUGGCCACACGCCAGAAAUGUCGAACGUAUACGACGAUGAAUUUGAUGAUGAGCUUGCUGCUAGUCAAAUUAUCACUCCCGGCGCUUCCACAAAAUCUGUUAUUUCCAUAAACUCGCUGGAUGGAAAGUCGUCACCUACACCCAUCCGGUCGUCUACUCCAGGGAAGGCUGCGCCGCCUCAGGAAAUUGAAGAGCGUCCUCCGUCUAUCCAGGAGGUGCCCGUCGUGCAGAGUCCGCCCUCGCUUCAUACUCAAUCGGAAGAGUCAACUCUUUGCAGCUCGACCGACGCCACAUUCAGCCCGGGUGAAUUGAUCAUUUCUUUCGGCGAAUACAGAGCUCCUCCGAAGUCACUGCCCAAACGACAAAAUACGCGAAACAGGAAAACAGGGGACAGCUUAUCCGAAGGCGAGAUAGAGUGCUCAGCGAACGAUGUCUCUCCGGUCACCUCGCGAGAGUUCUCUGAAGGCGAAAUUCGGUACCGAGUCAAGAAUCAAGCAAAUCCAGCCAAUGUCGCCAUGUCUGCCCCAUUCGAAGAGACAAUCUCGGAAGAGUCCGAGUACGAUGAUCCUACUGACUUACAGCCAGACAACUCCCUCUCCGACCAGUCCAACUAG